CAAUAGGAGCGCGGGUUUCUUACGUGCCGUCCGCCCGUCAGGUGGCGGCGGAGUCAGAACAGUCACGUACGUCAGUUCCUGUGGUGUAGACGCCCACCGCUCGUCCCUAGGGUGAACACUGGUGAACACAGGGAACACUAAUAUGCAAAGGAAAAAAAAUUGAUAAAGGCUUGGGAAUUUGAGGAAGGUUAGGUUACAGGUUAAAGACGAAUGAAUAUAAGUAUAAUAGACAUUGAUAAGAAAAUACUUGAUCAAAAUACAAAAGAAAACGAUACGUUAUCAAAGAAAACGAGACAGGUAAGCGAGACGGAUAAAGACAGAACAUCAUAGUGCGGACGGACUUUAAGACAGGCGGCCGCCGCGUUCGGUUGCCUCCACCCGUCUGUAGUGGCUGGCGUCUGCCACAUCGCCCCGUCCACAUAACCCGCCACUACCAUGCUCUCCAGGCUGAGACAGCACGCCAAGAAGCGGCUGCACAGUUCGGGGCGGCGCUCCGUUAAGUUCGAAGAGGGCGUGAAGGGUGGAGAUGAGGGCCCUGCGGACCUAGAGGGGACCCAGGGCACCGUGGCCCCCAUCCAGGGCACCGUGGCCACCCACCCCGCUGACACCACCACCACCGCCACCACUGUUCCAGCCCUCAAUGGAAAAUCACAAGACAGCAGUAUCACGGAGACGUCAGAUAGUGAUGUUCACGACAACGGCAGCACUAGCGGCAUGGAGGUGGGCGUGGCAUCCUACACAUCCGGGCGGCCCGUGGGCGGGUCUCCGGACCGGGGGCGCGGCCCCCCUAGGGGUAACCUACAUGUGGAGUUCGCCCAAAUAGGAGAAGUGAAGGAACGGAAGGAGAAAUACCUCACGGCCAAAUAUGGCGCUCACCAGAUGUCUCUCAUCAGGAAGCGGCUAGGCGUCGAGAUGUGGAUGUUUGACCAGUUACAGACACUCUAUCCUUCUCCGGAGGGUAAAAAUGAGGAGAAGGAACUUGACCUUGAUGAACUACUUGACGUUGAUGGUGAAUUAAAGCGUAAGAAGUAUUUAUGGGACUCCUUGGCUGACUGCAAACAAUCUAAGGAUAAAGUCGAGAAAUUUAUUGAUGAAUUGUUGGAACGAGCAACAACUCUGUAAGGAACUAGAGACAUAACUUGUGUGCGUCGUGUGUGUGCUUGUGGCUCCACCAACAUCCUGGGUUUUAGUGAAGGGAGAGACAAUGCCUCUGGUUUGUGUCUAAAGUGUGUGCUCUUUUUUAAUCACAUUUAGUGGAAGUUUUGCAAGUGGCAAAGAUACAAAACAGUAUUUUCGGAGUGGAUUUAUAUUAGGAUGACUUCGUGUGAUGAUAUCUGUCAUCCCAUAUAACUGUGAUGCAACUCUGGCAAUUCGUAAAAAAAACGAGCUGAAUUGUUAUGCAGCUUCCGGGAGCGCUGGAGCUAGAAUGAGAUCUUUCCUCGGACAUUGGUCUCAGUGCUGGUUGUAUGUAUACAGGUUACUUUAUAUCUUGGGUACAAUGUGUAUUGCUCUUACGGGCUCGCCAUAGCCCGUGCUACAUGGACAUUUCGUUCAGAGUAGCUAAAUCUAAAACAACAACAAGUGUAUUGCUCAUUCAGUGACUGUCAUUUAUUUCAGUAUCAAGUAUUGAUCAUAGGAGCUGUCAGUGAAUGGAAUUGACUUUUGGUACUUUUCUAUUUUUUCCAUUAAUUUGUAACUAAUCAGGUUUUUUCUUUUGGUUUAUUCAUGUAUACAAAAAAAACAUCAAAAUGAUUAGUAUAGGGAAGAUGGUGUAGGCUGGUAAUAUGAUAUAGAUAGAUAAUGUAGCUAGUCUUCGGCAUUAACUGAACAAAAAAUUGAAUAAUUUCUCAGUUUACUAAUUAUUAAUUACAAUAACAGUCACUCCCAAAAUAUGUGCGAGAUUUGGAAUAAUAAUGAAAGUUAUGGUUUAGUUGUUAUAAAACUAAAAGGAUGUUCUAGGGAAGUGCUUAUCUUAUGGCCAUGUUUCUUCCCACCACUUGUGCAGUACAUGAAUUUUCUAUGUCAAUCCCCCUUUUUAUCAAAUAAGAUAUACCUAAUGUGUAAGAUUUAUAAUAAAAACCAAUGCCAGUUUUUUAAAUGCAUGUAUAAUGAAAGUGAGAAAAUGUCCCUAAUGAGAGCACUUCCCUACAUUGGUGCUUCUCUGUAAAAGGAAUACAUGUAGUUUGACCUUCAUAAUGAAAGCUAGUACAAGAAUCUUUAUAGGUCGUUUCUUUUAUUUUCACUAUAGUCUAGUGUGUUAAUAUCUCCGUUAGAUAAUAGGCAGUUAUGAAUUUUGAUUUAUUAACAUAUUUUACAUAUUGUUUGCCCUCCAAGAUUAUAUUUUGAUGAAUUUUUAAUAGGUUUGAAAUCAGUCAGGUAUUAUUGACAAUUUAUUGUGUGUGCAUUUAUUGACAUUUGCUUGUUGUAAUUUAAUGUUUAUUAUGAUAUGUUUUACAUUUAUCUUGUCAGUAAUUAGUCUUGACUCGUUAUUCCAGUACUGUACCUCUAGUAAUCUGCACUUUAGACUUAUUUGUUAAGUAGGCAAAUGUUCUCUCUUUAAGUUGCAGGUAGAAGAAUGAAGCUUAACGACCCAUCCAUUAUUAUAUCUUAACGUCCCAUCACAGUGAAUUUCCAGCACAAAUUUCUUCAAGCCCUCUUGCCUUUUGCAUGGUAAGAAUUGGAGCAGCAAGGCUUGAAGUGCUUGGAGAUUAUAGCAGAAAUGUAGCUAGUGAAUACUUCCAUAAUUGCCAUUUUCAUGUUUAUGAUUCAAAGGAAGUUAGCCAAUAUAAAUUUAACUGAAGAUCAAAAUUACAGAGAGUGGCAUGCAGAACUGUAAGAUUGGAAGUGAUUUCAAAAUAUAUUUUGAGACAUAGAUGUCACUGUAGUAAUUCUUAUUCUCCUAUUAUUUUUAUUUUUGUUAUUUUUUAUUUUUUACAUUAAAAGUAGCUUUAUUGAUAUUAUACUUAGUCUCAGAAUGGCUAAUUACACUUCAAACUUCUCUCUCACUUGGGUCACAGCCUCCCGAGGUGAGAAUAUUCAAAUGACUUAUUUCAUGAAUGCAGGAUACGUAUUAAUGUUUUUCUUUAAGACAUAAGUAUUGUACUGUACAUGAUGUACAGUACAGUACUGUAAUUGUAUAUCAGGCUAGCUGUGAGGUAAUUUUUUAUGUUGUGAUGUGCAAGACUGACUAUUUAAAAAAAAACUCUUCUUGUUGAAGGAUCUCAUUAUUAGUUUGACUCGUAACACAUGAAAAAUCAUGGACAUUUCAUAUUAAAUUUUAUGUGAAAGAGUUGCAACAUUUUUUCAUAUUAAAACAAAUCUUUUAUAUAUAAAUGCAUUUUCCUUUUUGUGGGUAAAGAAUUUAAAAUGAACCUUUAUAUCUAUAAUUUUAUACUAAAAUUGGGACAAUAAUGACUUAACGUAGACAAUACCAAUCAUUCUCAAGAAGUUGUCAUCUUGGGAAACAUUUCAUCUCAUUGCUUAAUUAGAAGCACAUAUUUCUUUACCCAUUCUUUUUUUUUUCCCAGAAUAUGUAUGAAAGCAUUGCGUCAUGCAUGAACAAUGUUGCAGUGAAUUACGGGUGUCCGGCCCAAUAUUUGAGAGAGACAAUAAAGCUAAAUAAACGUAUGCUAAUUUU